UCAAAAAUUUAGUGAACACAAUGAGUGAUAAUUUUAAUCAAAUGAUUGAUUUAAUGAAACAAUUGGACCAAAAGAUAAUACAUUUGAAUGAUUUAGAAGUGGAUUCAUUGCGCCGACAAUUACGUGAAGACAAAAACCAUUUGACAAAUGGUUUGUUUGAAGAGUUGUUGACAUCAGACUUGUUUAAGUCAAAGAUCUCACAAAUCAUUCAAAAUGAAGACUUAAUUAAACUAUAUUUCGAUCGAUUUCUUGUCUCUGAUGGCAAUACUGACCAUCAAAUGGAUAACUAUUUUUUGCGAACAAACGAGUCGUGUCAGCAAAUGUUAGCGGAAUUGUUGACAUCGAUGGCAACAAUGGAGACAACAGCCGCCAACAACUUGUCAUCCGAACCGGUGGUCGACAUCAAACACUGUACCAAUUUGUUGGCCAAAGUUUUACGCGAUUUUCAGACAAUAUCAUCGAAAUCGAUGGCCGAGAAUGACAUCAAAAUGUUUGACUCAAAACAAGUGAUGAAUAAAUAUGUUAACAAAGACUUCAUGACAUUUGAUGCCUUCAACUAAAUCUUUCGUAAAAGUUUUCCACACUUUUAGUAAUUUUU